UCCACACUGCCCCUCAGACCUGGCCCCCUGAGCCCACCACAGCCUCUGUGUAAGCCCCGCAAGCUAGGUCUUGCCACCGUACCAACAGGUGGCCCUGGGCUGGGGGCAAAGGGCUCCCUACGGGGCACAGGGCCCCGAGAUCUCAGAGGGCCACCCCUGGAUGGUGGCCAGGCCCCCAGCGGCCCACCCGAGUACCACCUCUGCCCCCAGCCCUGCUGGCCCCUGGUCCCGCUGCCCCCCGCCCCAGAUGCCUGGCUGAGACCCAGCCGUGGCCCGCACUGCCGACGCCUUCUCCUGGGCCCCCGAGGUUGGCGCUGCGGUGGACGACUCCCUGGGCACGAGACAGCUAACGGACACAGCCACCAGCCCAAGCGACGGCAGCAUGGGCAGCGCCAGCCCUGGCCUGAGCAGCGUGUCCCCCAGCCGCCUCCUGCGCCCCCCCGACACUGUGCUGCGGACGGGCCUGGAAAAGGUGGCCGCAGGGGCGGUGGGGCCCGAGAGACGGGACUGGAGCCCCAGCCCACCUGCCACGCCUGAGCAGGGCCUGUCUGCCUUCUACCUCUCCUACUUUGACAUGCUGUGCUCUGAGGACAGUGGCUGGGCCACCAAGGGCCCCGGGGCCAGCGCUCGGGAGGAACCAUCUGAGGAGCCUGAGCAGUGCCCGGUCAUCGACAGCCAAGCCCCCGGGGGCAGCCUGGACUUGGCACCGGGUGGGCUGACGCUGGAGGAGCACUCCCUGGAGCAGGUGCAGUCCAUGGUGGUGGGCGAGGUGCUUAAGGACAUCGAGACGGCCUGUAAGCUGCUCAACAUCACUGCAGACCCCGUGGACUGGAGCCCUGGCAACGUGCAGAAGUGGCUCCUGUGGACAGAGCACCAGUACCGGCUGCCGCCCGUGGGCAAAGCCUUCCAGGAGCUGGGGGGCAGGGAGCUGUGCGCCAUGUCGGAGGAACAGUUCCGGCAGCGCUCCCCUCUGGGUGGCGACGUGCUGCAUGCGCACCUGGACAUCUGGAAAUCAGCGGCCUGGAUGAAAGAGAGGACUUCCCCCGGGACCGUCCACUAUUGCGCCUCCACCAGCGAGGACAGCUGGACCGACAGCGAGGUGGACUCAUCCUGCUCCGGGCAGCCCAUCCACCUGUGGCAGUUCCUCAAGGAGCUGCUGCUCAAACCCCACAGCUACGGCCGCUUCAUCCGGUGGCUCAACAAGGAGAAGGGCAUCUUCAAAAUCGAGGACUCCGCCCAGGUGGCCCGGCUGUGGGGCAUCCGCAAGAACCGGCCCGCCAUGAACUACGACAAGCUGAGCCGCUCCAUCCGCCAGUAUUACAAGAAGGGCAUCAUCCGGAAGCCGGACAUCUCCCAGCGCCUCGUCUACCAGUUUGUGCACCCCAUCUGAGGGCUGCAGGCCGGGCCCUAGGCCUGAAACUCGCCCUCGUUCACCCUCCCUCCUGCCCGCCCCGACCUCUGCCAGAGCCUGAGCCGAGGGAGAGGGCACUCGGCUGGCAUCAGAGUCCAAGGUCAGGGAGCAGGCAGCCCACGGCUCCCCGGGAUCUAAGUGAGCUCUCUGGGGCCCAAGGGUCCCCAGGGUGGGGGUGCUUCCUCCUCGGGCCUGACGGCUCACGUGCCCGGUCCACUGGAGGACGGAAGGAGCCAGGGCUGUCCUCAGUGUUCACGGCUCCCCAGGGAAGGCCGUCCCUCCACCCCAGCCCCUGACCCCAGAAUUUCCAGAGCAGAGUCAGCCGAAUGGCAGUAACUUAGCCAAGGCCACUCGCAGUCCGUGCUCCCUGCCACCCAUUCUGCACCAUGCUUGGCGUGGUGCUGGGAGACGUCCGCACCCCUGAUUGGGGAGCCAGGGGUGCUCCUGGGAAUGGGUAAUAA